AUGCACGCCACAGUCGGCGAACCAACUUCUUCAGCGACUGACAUCGCACCGCCCUCCUCCAGCGCGUCGGUCUUGUCGGCAUCUCCUCCCCCCGCCGGCUCCCCAAAUGAACACGGACCAUCCCCUCUCCGCCGCUUGAAAUCCAAGUCCUCCCUCUGGAGUCUUGGAAGCAGCAAACACAGCGCUCACGAAGACGAGGCUCAAGAACCCAGCAGCGCGGAAAAGAACAACGGUAACAUCUUCCUCCGCCGCCUGUCGCCCGCCCUCGCGGCGAGGGUUAAGCUCCUCGAACCCGGCAGCAAAGUGACCAGUGCGCCUCGCAACCCUGCAGUCGGCCGGAUACCGGAAUCUCAUAUCAAGGAGCUGGACAGUCUACACCAGGAUCUGUCAAUCAAGGUUAGGCGGAGGGGCCAAGCGUGGAACGGAACAACGUACACAUCUCCACCGACAACGCAGACACCACACCGCAGCGCAUCCAACACUCUUGAACUACCCAACCACGAUUUUCUACGAGAAAUUUCCGAAGCUCUCAGGUCCGGGUCAGGAUCAGAAUACGCCGACGCCGUCAUUGACGGCCCAGAGCUCCCCAUUCUAGCCGCGUCACUGCCCGUGCCAGUUCUAGACGCACAGAGCAACUCUCCGCCGACGUCGAUGUCUGUAGUGGAAUCCGCCUCAGCGCCACCGCGCGCUAAUGCAGAGCUAACCGAAGAGCCUGUGCCGAACGAGAAGACGGAAGAUACGAGGACCGAUUUUGAGAAAUAUGUCGACGAUACGAAACGGCAUGAGGAGCAGGCGCAUGAUGUACCUCCUGCUCCCCCACCUAAAGAUUCCCCGCCUGCUUCGAUGCACUCUUCUUCAAACUCGCAGUCAUAUUUUAAUUCAAGAGGGGCUCAGCGUGCUGAUUCAAUAUACUCUUUCUCGCGUGCAUCGUUCAGCAACCAGCUCUCCCAACUGACCUCCAUUCCCCUCCCACAAGCUGAAGUACUCGAGACGAGCAUUUCGAAUAUUGCGACGGCUCCCGCCGCCGUCCGGGUCUUGAAUGGUCAUGCUGAUCAGAUUCAAAUAUGGAUCUCAAGAGCUUCCAAUGUCCUCAGUGGUUUGGAUGCGGAGGAUGACGUGGAGUGGGCAGCAGCAGGUGGCCGAGAAGGUCUUGAAGGAGUGGACAAGGCCAUUGUUCAGUUCGCGACACUCGUCAACGUUUACAUGACAUCAAUCGAAAACGUGCAACUAAGGGAGGAUAUCGCUAAGGUCGAUGCCGACAGCUUGAGGACCAUGAUCAGCCAGAUGGAGACGAUCACUACAAAAUGGACAGGGAUAGAGAACAAGCUGAAAGGCGUGAAAGGACUUGUGGAACUCGCAAUGGAAUGGGAAGAGCUUUGGUCCAAUGUCCUAGGCGACGUGGGUAUGGAGAUCGACAAUCUAAGUGGAAUGAUUUUCGAAAUGGAAGAGAAACGUCACCAGAGUCUCAUGGACCCAGUUGAGCCUGCCGGUGGUCUUGAUAUCAAUGAACUCGAGACAAUUGUGGAAGAAUCUCCGAUCAAGGGCCGGUCACCUGCUAGCCGCUUGAGUAUUGGUCCCAUGUUGGCGGCGGCGGCCGGUACGCCCGUCAUCAAGACUCCGCAGGAUGAUACGAGUUACUCUAAUCUCAUGGCUUUGUUUGCGCGCAUGCAACCGUUGCGUGCAUCUUUGGAUUUCUUGCCCAUGCGGCUUUCAAUGUUUCAGUCACGGGCUGAGCAUGUAUUCCCGAGUGCGUGUGAGGAACUUGAUGAGCGGCGAGAUCGCCUGGAGAAGAGUUACAAGGUGCUUGAGACUGAUGCGACGGCUUUGAAGAAGGAACUGGGAGAGGAUAAAUGGAUUAUAGUGUUCCGCAACGCUGGCAGCCAAGCACAGAAGAUGUUUGACUCAGUUGAGCGGAGCAUUGCCAAGUUGCAAGAAGCCUUGGAGAGCAACUCACAGGUGACUAACCCGUCGAGCUUGACCAAGCGGAUGGAGAAUUACGAGGCGAAGAAGAUGCACUAUGUGCCUGCCAUCGAGCGUGUGAUUACGAUUAUCCAAAAAGGGGUCAAUGAUCGUUUAACAGUCAAUGGCGAGAUCUUGCGACUCUUGUCAGAUAUGACCUCUCGAACGGAUGCUCUUAAAGCGAGCCUUCGGGUGAUGGAUACGUCUUUGGAAGAUGUGCAGAUCAUCAGGGGCCAGCAAUUGCGAGAUUCUAUCUCGAGCAUCGUCACAAUGGAUAGCCCAGCAACAGGCAGCGUGAUCGACACACCCGGCAGCUCGCCUGCAUCGUCAGUAAUCAUGGGCGGGAAUGGGUGGAAGACGCCUUUGGGUGGCUCAAGCCGUCGCGAGAGCUCCGCUGGCAGUGCUUCAGCACGUUCCACCAUGUCCAAAGUUCGACGGUUUUCUGGAAUUCCGCAGGCGGCGGCGACUUUGACUGGACGCAAGUCCUCCAUCCCAAUACCAGCCGGUCUGGCAUCUCCAACACCCUCUUACGCCAGCUCCUCUAUCACUCCGACACCCGCUUCUCGCAGACUAUCUCGCACUCCUCAGCCCACCUCUACCAUCCCGAAUCGUCCUCGAUGGACCAAUUGUACGAACUUGAGCGAGGACUCUAGCAAUUACACUCUCAGAAAUUCAUCCGCUCCGGCGCGUACGCCUCGGCCAUCGUCCACCCUCGCCAAUCCAUUCCGAAGAGAAUCCACCGCUUCUCCUGCACCGGGAGCAGGUCCGGGACGAUCUCUCAGUCGGAUAUCGAAUCGACUGGCUUCAUCGUCCCGCAGUCCCGCGCGGAACUUCUCCUCCCCCACUCCCACCCGAUCCUCCCUGCUUGAUCCACCCCCUUACAGUCGCCUUCGCCGACCCCCAGGCUUGUCCGAUGCCCCUCGCAGCCGCCAAAGCUUCGCCGGCAUGCCAUCAUUCGGUCGGAGUGUCUCACGGAACCAAGAAUCAUUCGACAGCCCGAACAAGUCAGCGCGCCCCGGCACUGCCCUGGGUCAUUCAACAAACAAAAGAGCCAGUCUUCUCCCUCUACCCAGGCGAAGUGAUAAACCGGCCGCCCAGCCGGUGGACACAAAACCGCGAUGGAGAGCCUGA